CCUUUGCUCCAGCAGCUAUUCUGUUGUCCUGUCGAGCCGUCUCUCUGUACUGGAGGCAGCAGUUGUAUCGAGUAGGUGAUUGCAGGCAGCAACCCGCGCCGCAAAAGCUAGUUGAUCACCAGCUGGAGCUCAAAGCACACAGCUCGAGCUCAGAGCUCACAUCUCCACCCACUUCUUUCCCCUACAGAAGCUGGCCUUUUUACUUACAAAACCCACCACCCCUUCAAUCUUCAUCUGAAACGUCACGCCAAUCUCCCGUCGCGUGACGAGGCACCGCGUCCUCUCCCCUCCUCAGCAGGCACAGGCCCUCUUCCUGACCCAAGGGCGUGUAUUACGUCCGCCAGGUCUGCCCCAAGCCUCCUUCAAGUGCUUCUCCAUCAUUGGCUACAUCCAAGUUGUACUAUCAGGACGUUAACAUUGCUAUUCAUCUGCAAGGGAUCAUCAUGGCUGGUGGAGACACGCAUAUCAUCUCUAUCCCAGCCGCCACCCAAGGCCAGCCCGGCUUCGUCAUCGAAGUGAAGCAAACAGGCGAAGACCCCCUGGACGUGCGACUGGUAGGGAGCGAGGGCGAGUACUGCUACGUGACCAAGCUGAAGAAGCGAAACAUCGGAGCUCUCAAACACAAAGCUAGCACCGACGAGUGGGAGGCCAUCGUUUCUCAUUUCCUGCUUCAGAAACCGCUUGGGAAGAAACAGGAAGACCUCUUGCAGAAUGUGCGCAUCGAAUAUACCCUCACAAAGGACCAAGUACAUGUCACCCUGCGAAGAGACGUACAGGGUAUUAAGGUCACGCUGGGAGAAAUCGUGCUAGCCAGGACAGAAGAGGAGGAAAUCGACCCUAUUGCCUGGGCCUAUGCAUCAAGCAAGGCCCACAACGAAGCCCUCAAGGAGAUAGAGCGUCUAAAAUCCAUGCUAGAGGACAAGAGCGCCGCAAUGGAGAAGCUCAAUGCCCAGCUAGAUGAUUUUAUCAAGACCAAACAAGAGACUGAGACGGCCAUGUUACAGCAAUUCAUGGUGCUCUUAAACGAGAAGAAGAGGAAAAUAAGGGACCAAGCUCGGCUUCUGGCAGGGGCCAAAGUGGACAAAGCAACCGCUGCGGCUGUCAAAUCCGCUCGGGAAACUACUAAACCUCGCAGAGCUGGACAAUCACGUGCAUCUAAAAGAAAAGCGACCGCUCCCGAAGAAGACGUCAGCGUCGAGUCCGACAGUGCUCAGAUGGAGAUCGACGAAAGCAAAGCAGAGGAGCAGGACGAUGCAUCAGGCCCGGAGGCGGAAACGCCAGAUCGAAGCACCGACGAUGAGACGGAGGACGAAGAAGACACUGCUGUUGCUGCGGCAAAGCCAGAAGUGAAGACAGUCAGAUCGGAGAGCGCAAGCACGUCGGCAACACCGUCGUCGAAAACCGAGCCACCUCCAAGACGCGAGCUGCCUUUUCUUAGGAACAAGGCGACCCGGAAACAACCCUCACCGCCGGCUCCAGAUGAUGACGAGACGGAGGACGACGAACUCUGAAGCCGAAGCUCUGAAACUGAGAUUCUGAAACUUCCAUCAGGAUGGGUAUUGCGCUGGGAUGUGUAUCACUGGGUGGAGCCGAUUUGGACGACGGGAGGUCCUGGAUGAAUCUGCUCUUGUCGUCAAAUGUUUGAACAAUCAGCAGGCUAUAAAAAUUCACUUCAGUAAUGUUUGGCUUGUCUACGAAGGUACCGGUGUAUUUCUUGCUCGUCUAUCGUCACAGACAGCCAAUAUCCAUCAAUUCACUCCA